AUGACAUUUUUGAGCAGCACCAGCAGCUCCCGCUGCUACAGCCUCAGCUCCAGCACCAGCAGCUCCAGCCUCAGCUCCAGCACCAGUAGCUCCCCCUGCUCCAGCCUCAGCUCCAGCAGCUCCCGCUGCUCCAGCCUCAGCUCCAGCAGCUCCCGCUGCUCCAGCUCCAGCUCCAGCACCAGCAGCUCCCGCUGCUCCAGCCUCAGCUCCAGCUCCAGCACCAGCAGCUCCCGCUGCUCCAGCCUCAUCUCCAGCUCCAGCACCAGCAGCUCCCGCUGCUCCAGCCUCAUCUCCAGCACCAGCAGCUCCCGCUGCUCCAGCCUCAGCUCCAGCACCAGCAGCUCCCGCUGCUACAGCCUCAGCUCCAGCUCCAGCACCAGCAGCUCCUGCUGCUACAGCCUCAGCACCAGCAGCUCCCACUGCUCCAGCCUCAGCUCCAGCUCCAGCACCAGCAGCUCCCGCUGUUCCAGCCUCAGCUCCAGCUCCAGCACCAGCAGCUCCCGCUGCUACAGCCUCAGCUCCAGCAGCUCCCGCUGCUACAGCUCCAGCUCCAGCACCAGCAGCUCCCGCUGCUCCAGCCUCAGCUCCAGCUCCAGCACCAGCAGCUCCAGCUCCAGCUCCAGCCCCAGCAGCUCCCGCUGCUACAGCUCCAGCUCCAGCACAAGCAGCUCCCGCUGCUACAGCCUCAGCUCCAGCACCAGCAGCUCCAGCUGCUACAGCCUCAGCUCCAGCUCCAGCACGAGCAGCUCCCGCUGCUACAGCCUCAGCUCCAGCAGCUCCCGCUACUACAGCUCCAGCUCCAGCACCAGCAGCUCCCGCUGCUCCAGCCUCAGCUCCAGCUCCAGCACCAGCAGCUCCCGCUGCUACAGCCUCAGCUCCAGCAGCUCCUGCUGCUAAAGCCUCAGCUCCAGCACCAGCAGCUCCAGCCUCAGCUCCAGCUCCAGCACCAGCAGCUCCCGCUGCUACAGCCUCAGCUCCAGCAGCUCCUGCUGCUAAAGCCUCAGCUCCAGCACCAGCAGCUCCCGCUGCUACAGCCUCAGCUCCAGCACCAGCAGCUCCCCCUGCUCCAGCCUCAGCUCCAGCAGCUCCCGCUGCUCCAGCCUCAGCUCCAGCAGCUUCCGCUGCUCCAGCUCCUGCUCCAGCACCAGCAGCUCCCGCUGCUCCAGCCUCAGCUCCAGCUCCAGCACCAGCAGCUCCUGCUGCUCCAGCCUCAUCUCCAGCACCAGCAGCUCCCGCUGCUCCAGCCUCAGCACCAGCAGCUCCCGCUGCUACAGCCUCAGCUCCAGCUCCAGCACCAGCACCUCCGGCUGCUACAGCCUCAGCUCCAGCUCCAGCACCAGCAGCUCCCGCUGCUACAGCCUCAGCUCCAGCUCCAGCACCAGCAGCUCCCGCUGCUACAGCCUCAGCUCCAGCUCCAGCACCAGCAGCUCCCGCUGCUACAGCUCCAGCUCCAGCAGCAGCAGCUCCCGCUACUACAGCCUCACCACCAGCAGCUCCCGCUGUUCCAGCCUCAGCUCCAGCUCCAGCCCCAGCAGCUCCCGCUGCUACAGCUCCAGCUCCAGCACAAGCAGCUCCCGCUGCUACAGCCUCAGCUCCAGCUCCAGCACCAGCAGCUCCAGCUGCUACAGCCUCAGCUCCAGCUCCAGCACCAGCAGCUCCCGCUGCUACAGCCUCAGCUCCAGCUCCAGCACGAGCAGCUCCCGCUGCUACAGCCUCAGCUCCAGCAGCUCCCGCUGCUACAGCUCCAGCUCCAGCACCAGCAGCUCCCGCUGCUCCAGCCUCAGCUCCAGCUCCAGCACCAGCAGCUCCCGCUGCUACAGCCUCAGCUCCAGCUCCAGCACGAGCAGCUCCCGCUGCUACAGCCUCAGCUCCAGCUCCAGCACGAGCAGCUCCCGCUGCUACAGCCUCAGCUCCAGCAGCUCCCGCUGCUACAGCUCCAGCACCAGCAGCUCCCGCUGCUCCAGCCUCAGCUCCAGCUCCAGCACCAGCAGCUCCCGCUGCUACAGCCUCAGCUCCGGCAGCUCCUGCUGCUAAAGCCUCAGCUCCAGCACCAGCAGCUCCCGCUGCUACAGCCUCAGCUCCAGCACCAGCAGCUCCAGCCUCAGCUCCAGCACCAGCAGCUCCCCCUGCUCCAGCAGCUCCAGCAGCUCCCGGUGCUCCAGCCUCAGCUCCAGCUCCAGCACCAGCAGCUCCGCAGCUCCCGCUGCUACAGCUCCAGCUCCAGCACCAGCAGCUCCCGCUGCUACAGCCUCAGCUCCAGCAGCUCCUGCUGCUACAGCCUCAGCUCCAGCUCCAGCACCAGCAGCUCCCGCUGCUACAGCCUCAGCUCCAGCAGCUCCUGCUGCUAAAGCCUCAGCUCCACUCCGCCUCAGCUCCAGCACCAGUAGCUCCCCCUGCUCCAGCCUCAGCUCCAGCAGCUCCCGCUGCUCCAGCCUCAGCUCCAGCAGCUCCCGCUGCUCCAGCUCCAGCUCCAGCACCAGCAGCUCCUGCUGCUCCAGCCUCAGCUCCAGCACCAGCAGCUCCCGCUGCUCCAGCCUCAUCUCCAGCACCAGCAGCUCCCGCUGCUCCAGCCUCAGCUCCAGCACCAGCAGCUCCCGCUGCUCCAGCCUCAGCUCAAGCACCAGCAGCUCCCCCUGCUCCAGCCUCAGCUCCAGCACCAGCAGCUCCUCCUCAGCUCCCGCUGCUACAGCCUCAGCUCCAGCAGCUCCCGCUGCUACAGCUCCAGCUCCAGCACCAGCAGCUCCCUCUGCUACAGCCUCAGCUCCAGCUCCAGCACCAGCAGCUCCCAGCUCCAGCACCAGCAGCUCCCGCUGUUCCAGCCUCAGCUCCAGCUCCAGCACCAGCAGCUCCCGCUGUUCCAGCCUCAGCUCCAGCUCCAGCACCAGCAGCUCCCGCUGCUACAGCUCCAGCUCCAGCACCAGCAGCUCCCGCUGCUACAGCCUCAGCUCCAGCAGCUCCCGUUGCUACAGCCUCAGCUCCAGCAGCUCCCGCUGCUACAGCUCCAGCACCAGCAGCUCCAGCCUCGGCUCCAGCACCAGCAGCUCCCGCUACUACAGCCUCAGCACCAGCAGCUCCCGCUGCUCCAGCCUCAGCUCCAGCACCAGCAGCUCCUCCUCCUCAGCUCCAGCUCCAGCACCAGCAGCUCCCGCUGCUACAGCCUCAGCACCAGCAGCUCCCUCUGCUAUAGCCUCAGCUCCAGCUCCAGCACCAGCAGCUCCCUCUGCUACAGCUCCAGCUCCAGCUCCAGCACCAGCAGCUCCCUCUGCUACAGCCUCAGCUCCCAGCUCCAGCACCAGCAGCUCCCCCUGCUCCAGCCUCAGCUCCAGCAGCUCCCGCUGCUCCAGCCUCAGCUCCAGCAGCUUCCGCUGCUCCAGCUCCUGCUCCAGCACCAGCAGCUCCCGCUGCUCCAGCCUCAGCUCCAGCUCCAGCACCAGCAGCUCCUCAGCUCCCGCUGCUACAGCCUCAGCUCCAGCUCCAGCACGAGCAGCUCCCGCUGCUACAGCCUCAGCUCCAGCAGCUCCCGCUGCUACAGCUCCAGCUCCAGCACCAGCAGCUCCCGCUGCUCCAGCCUCAGCUCCAGCUCCAGCACCAGCAGCUCCCGCUGCUACAGCCUCAGCUCCAGCUCCAGCACGAGCAGCUCCCGCUGCUACAGCCUCAGCUCCAGCUCCAGCACGAGCAGCUCCCGCUGCUACAGCCUCAGCUCCAGCAGCUCCCGCUGCUACAGCUCCAGCUCCAGCACCAGCAGCUCCCGCUGCUACAGCCUCAGCUCCCAGCACCAGCAGCUCCAGCCUCAGCUCCAGCACCAGCAGCUCCCCCUGCUCCAGCAGCUCCCGGUGCUCCAGCCUCAGCUCCAGCUCCAGCACCAGCAGCUCCGGCUGCUCCAGCCUCAGCUCCAGCACCACUCCCACUGCUCCAGCCUCAGCUCCAGCACCAGCAGCUCCCCCUGCUCCAGCCUCAGCUUCAGCAGCUCCCGCUGCUACAGCCUCAGCUCCAGCAGCUCCCGCUGCUACAGCUCCAGCUCCAGCACCAGCAGCUCCCGCUGCUCCAGUCUCAAUUCCAGCACCAGCAGCUCCCGCUGCUACAGACUCAGCUCCAGCACCAGCAGCUCCAGCACCAGCAGCACCAGCAGCUCCCGCUGCUACAGCCUCAGCUCCAGCACCAGCAGCUCCCGCUGCUACAGCUCCAGCUCCAGCACCAGCAGCUCCCGCUGCUACAGCCUCAGCACCAGCAGCUCCCGCUGCUACAGCCUCAGCUCCAGCAGCUCCCGCUGCUACAGCUCCAGCUCCAGCACCAGCAGCUCCCGCUGCUACAGCCUCAGCUCCAGCUCCAGCACCAGCAGCUCCCGCUGCUACAGCCUCAGCUCCAGCAGCUCCUGCUGCUACAGCCUCAGCUCCCAGCACCAGCAGCUCCAGCCUCAGCUCCAGCACGAGCAGCUCCCCCUGCUCCAGCCUCAGCUCCAGCAGCUCCCGCUGCUCCAGCCUCAGCUCCAGCAGCUCACGCUGCUCCAGCUCCUGCUCCAGCACCAGCAGCUCCCGCUGCUCCAGCCUCAGCUCCAGCACCAGCAGCUCCCGCUGCUCCAGCCUCAUCUCCAGCACCAGCAGCUCCCGCUGCUCCAGCCUCAGCUCCAGCACCAGCAGCUCCCGCUCAGCUCCCGCUGCUACAGCCUCAGCUCCAGCACCAGCAGCUCCCCCUGCUCCAGCCUCAGCUCCAGCAGCUCCCGCUGCUCCAGCCUCAGCUCCAGCAGCUUCCGCUGCUCCAGCUCCUGCUCCAGCACCAGCAGCUCCCGCUGCUCCAGCCUCAGCUCCAGCUCCAGCACCAGCAGCUCCUGCUGCUCCAGCCUCAUCUCCAGCACCAGCAGCUCCCGCUGCUCCAGCCUCAGCACCAGCAGCUCCCGCUGCUACAGCCUCAGCUCCAGCCAGCCUCAGCUCCAGCUCCAGCACCAGCAGCUCCCGCUGCUACAGCUCCAGCUCCAGCACCAGCAGCUCCCGCUACUACAGCCUCACCACCAGCAGCUCCUGCUGUUCCAGCCUCAGCUCCAGCUCCAGCCCCAGCAGCUCCCGCUGCUACAGCUCCAGCUCCAGCACAAGCAGCUCCCGCUGCUACAGCCUCAGCUCCAGCUCCAGCACCAGCAGCUCCAGCUCAGCUCCCGCUGCUACAGCCUCAGCUCCAGCUCCAGCACGAGCAGCUCCCGCUGCUACAGCCUCAGCUCCAGCAGCUCCCGCUGCUACAGCUCCCAGCACCAGCAGCUCCAGCCUCAGCUCCAGCACCAGCAGCUCCCCCUGCUCCAGCAGCUCCCGGUGCUCCAGCCUCAGCUCCAGCUCCAGCACCAGCAGCUCCGGCUGCUCCAGCCUCAGCUCCAGCACCAGCAGCUCCCACUGCUACAGCCUCAGCUCCAGCACCAGCAGCUCCCGCUGCUACAGCUCCAGCUCCAGCACCAGCAGCUCCCGCUGCUACAGCUCCAGCUCCAGCACCAGCAGCUCCCGCUGCUACAGCCUCAGCACCAGCAGCUCCCACUGCUCCAGCCUCAGCUCCAGCACCAGCAGCUCCCCCUGCUCCAGCCUCAGCUUCAGCAGCUCCCGCUGCUACAGCCUCAGCUCCAGCAGCUCCCGCUGCUACAGCUCCAGCUCCAGCACCAGCAGCUCCCGCUGCUCCAGUCUCAAUUCCAGCACCAGCAGCUCCCGCUGCUACAGACUCAGCUCCAGCACCAGCAGCUCCAGCACCAGCAGCACCAGCAGCUCCCGCUGCUACAGCCUCAGCUCCAGCACCAGCAGCUCCCGCUGCUACAGCUCCAGCUCCAGCACCAGCAGCUCCCGCUGCUACAGCCUCAGCACCAGCAGCUCCCGCUGCUACAGCCUCAGCUCCAGCAGCUCCCGCUGCUACAGCUCCAGCUCCAGCACCAGCAGCUCCCGCUGCUACAGCCUCAGCUCCAGCUCCAGCACCAGCAGCUCCCGCUGCUACAGCCUCAGCUCCAGCAGCUCCUGCUGCUACAGCCUCAGCUCCAGCUCCAGCACCAGCAGCUCCCGCUGCUACAGCCUCAGCUCCAGCAGCUCCUGCUGCUAAAGCCUCAGCUCCAGCACCAGCAGCUCCCGCUGCUACAGCCUCAGCUCCAGCACCAGCAGCUCCAGCCUCAGCUCCAGCACCAGUAGCUCCCCCUGCUCCAGCCUCAGCUCCAGCAGCUCCCGCUGCUCCAGCCUCAGCUCCAGCAGCUCCCGCUGCUCCAGCUCCAGCUCCAGCACCAGCAGCUCCUGCUGCUCCAGCCUCAGCUCCAGCACCAGCAGCUCCCGCUGCUCCAGCCUCAUCUCCAGCACCAGCAGCUCCCGCUGCUCCAGCCUCAGCUCCAGCACCAGCAGCUCCUCCUGCUCCAGCCUCAGCUCAAGCACCAGCAGCUCCCCCUGCUCCAGCCUCAGCUCCAGCACCAGCAGCUCCUCCUCAGCUCCCGCUGCUACAGCCUCAGCUCCAGCAGCUCCCGCUGCUACAGCUCCAGCUCCAGCACCAGCAGCUCCCGCUGCUACAGCCUCAGCUCCAGCUCCAGCACCAGCAGCUCCCGCUGCUACAGCCUCAGCUCCCAGCACCAGCAGCUCCAGCCUCAGCUCCAGCACCAGUAGCUCCCCCUGCUCCAGCCUCAGCUCCAGCAGCUCCCGCUGCUCCAGCCUCAGCUCCAGCAGCUCCCGCUGCUCCAGCUCCAGCUCCAGCACCAGCAGCUCCUGCUGCUCCAGCCUCAGCUCCAGCACCAGCAGCUCCCGCUGCUCCAGCCUCAUCUCCAGCACCAGCAGCUCCUGCUGCUCCAGCCUCAGCUCCAGCACCAGCAGCUCCCGCUGCUCCAGCCUCAGCUCAAGCACCAGCAGCUCCCCCUGCUCCAGCCUCAGCUCCAGCACCAGCAGCUCCUCCUCAGCUCCCGCUGCUACAGCCUCAGCUCCAGCAGCUCCCGCUGCUACAGCUCCAGCUCCAGCACCAGCAGCUCCCUCUGCUACAGCCUCAGCUCGAGCUCCCAGCACCAGCAGCUCCAGCCUCAGCUCCAGCACCAGUAGCUCCCCCUGCUCCAGCCUCAGCUCCAGCAGCUCCCGCUGCUCCAGCCUCAGCUCCAGCAGCUCCCGCUGCUCCAGCUCCAGCUCCAGCACCAGCAGCUCCCGCUGCUCCAGCUCCAGCUCCAGCACCAGCAGCUCCCGCUGCUCCAGCCUCAUCUCCAGCACCAGCAGCUCCCGCUGCUCCAGCCUCAGCUCCAGCACCAGCAGCUCCCGCUGCUCCAGCCUCAGCUCAAGCACCAGCAGCUCCCCCUGCUCCAGCCUCAGCUCCAGCACCAGCAGCUCCUCCUCAGCUCCCGCUGCUCUAGCCUCAGCUCCAGCACCAGCAGCUCCCGCUGCUACAGCCUCAGCACCAGCAGCUCCCACUGCUCCAGCCUCAGCUCCCGCUGCUCCAGCCUCAGCUCCAGCUCCAGCACGAGCAGCUCCCGCUGCUACAGCCUCAGCUCCAGCAGCUCCCGCUGCUACAGCUCCAGCUCCAGCACCAGCAGCUCCCUCUGCUACAGCUCCAGCUCCAGCUCCAUUCAGCUCCAGCACGAGCAGCUCCCGCUGCUCUAGCCUCAGCUCCAGCACCAGCAGCUCCCGCUGCUACAGCCUCAGCACCAGCAGCUCCCACUGCUCCAGCCUCAGCUCCCGCUGCUCCAGCCUCAGCUCCAGCUCCAGCACGAGCAGCUCCCGCUGCUACAGCCUCAGCUCCAGCAGCUCCCGCUGCUACAGCUCCAGCUCCAGCUCCAGCACCAGCAGCUCCCUCUGCUAUAGCCUCAGCUCCAGCUCCAGCACCAGCAGCUCCCGCUGCUACAGCUCCAGCACCAGCAGCUCCCGCUGCUACAGCUCCAGCACCAGCAGCUCCCGCUGCUACAGCUCCAGCACCAGCAGCUCCCGCUGCUACAGCCUCAGCUCCAGCUCCAGCACCAGCAGCUCCAGCUGCUACAGCCUCAGCUCCAGCUCCAGCACCAGCAGCUCCCGCUGCUACAGCCUCAGCUCCAGCAGCUCCUGCUGCUACAGCUGCAGCUCCAGCACCAGCAGCUCCCGCUGCUCCAGCCUCAGCUCCAGCUCCAGCACCAGCAGCUCCCGCUGCUACAGCCUCAGCUCCAGCAGCUGCUGCUGCUAAAGCCUCAGCUCCAGCACCAGCAGCUCCCGCUGCUACAGCCUUAGCUCCAGCACCAGCAGCUCCAGCCUCAGCUCCAGCACGAGCAGCUCCCCCUGCUCCAGCCUCAGCUCCAGCAGCUCCCGCUGCUCCAGCCUCAGCUCCAGCAGCUCCCGCUGCUCCAGCUCCUGCUCCAGCACCAGCAGCUCCCGCUGCUCCAGCCUCAGCUCCAGCUCCAGCACCAGCAGCUCCCGCUGCUCCAGCCUCAUCUCCAGCACCAGCAGCUCCCGCUGCUCCAGCCUCAGCUCCAGCACCAGCAGCUCCCGCUGCUACACCCUCAGCUCCAGCACCAGCAGCUCCCGCUGCUCCAGCCUCAGUUCCAGCUCCAGCACCAGCAGCUCCCGUUGCUCCAGCCUCAGCUCCAGCACCAGCAGCUCCCGCUGCUCCAGCCUCAGCUCCAGCUCCAGCACCAGCAGCUCCCGCUGCUCCAGCCUCAGCUCCAGCACCAGCACCUCCCUCUGCUCCAGCCUCAGCUCCAGCUCCAGCACCAGCAGCUCCCGCUGCUCCAGCCUCAGCUCCAGCAGCUCCUGCUGCUACAGCUCCAGCUCCAGCACCAGCAGCUCCCGCUGCUACUGCCUCAGCUACAGCUCCAGCAGCUCCCACUGCUCCAGCCUCAGCUCCAGCACCAGCAGCACCCUCAGUUCCAGCUGCUCCAGCGCAAGCACCAGCAGCUCCCACUGCUUCAGCUCCAGUGCCAGCUGUGCCUGCUUUUCCUACUCCAGUAACUGGCAAAAGGCUAGACAUGAGGAUAAAGACAAAAAUGUAGCCAACAAUGCAGAUGUCAAACAGGCAGAAUCUGUUUUGAAAUGA